GCUCAGGUGUUUAUCUCCUCACAGUUUAACAACAGGAAAACAUCCCAAAACCAGCAGGAGAACUGGACCUGAACUUAGACGGAGAUGCUGACUGGCUGAGAGCUACUGCCGUUGUGUUUCUUUUCUUUUUUGGACUUUAAUGGACGGACAGAGAGAAAGGACGCUACAGUGAUCACCAACAGCUACAGUUGAGAUGGGCUGUCUGGGGGGGAAGACGGAGGAAGAACGACUGGACGAAAAAGCAAAGAGAGAAGCAAACAAGAAGAUCGAGAGACAGCUGCAGAAAGAAAGACAGGCUUAUAAAGCUACACACAGACUGUUACUGCUGGGUGCAGGUGAGUCAGGUAAAAGUACUAUCGUGAAGCAGAUGAGGAUUCUUCACGUUGACGGUUUCAACGCUGAAGAGAAACAGCAGAAGAUUCAGGACAUCAGGAAGAACGUGAAGGAUGCCAUUGUGACCAUUGUGUCAGCCAUGAGUAUGCUGACUCCGCCCAUGCCUCUGGGUAACCCUGGCAACCAGUUCAGAGUCGACUACAUCAAGAGCAUUGCACCGCUGUCCGACUUUGAAUACACAGAGGAGUUCUUUGAGCAUGCUCAGAAGUUGUGGGAGGAUGACGGCGUGAAGGCAUGUUUCGAACGCUCCAACGAAUAUCAGCUGAUCGACUGCGCUAAGUACUUCCUGGACCGGUUGGAUUCAGUCCGGAGAACAGACUACACACCUACUGACCAGGAUCUGCUGCGCUGCAGAGUGCUGACCUCAGGCAUCUUUGAGACCAGGUUUCAGGUGGACAAGGUCAACUUCCAUAUGUUUGAUGUUGGAGGACAGAGAGAUGAACGCAGGAAGUGGAUUCAGUGCUUCAACGAUGUGACAGCCAUCAUCUUUGUGGCAGCAAGUAGCAGCUACAACAUGGUGAUCAGAGAGGACAACUCAACCAAUCGGCUGCGAGAAUCUCUGGACCUCUUUAGAUCCAUCUGGACCAACAGAUUUCUGAAGACCAUCUCAGUGAUCUUGUUCCUGAACAAACAGGAUGUGCUCGCUGACAAAAUUCUGGCUGGAAAAUCCAAACUGGAGGAUUAUUUCCCUGAAUACACCAACUACCAAGUACCUGCUGAAGCUGUUCCAGAUGCUGAUGAAGACCCCAGAGUGACCCGAGCCAAGUUCUUCAUUAGAGACGAGUUUUUGAGGAUCAGCACGGCGAGUGGUGAUGGGAAACAUUACUGUUAUCCUCACUUCACCUGUGCCGUUGACACCGAAAACAUUCGCCGUGUCUUCAACGACUGUCGUGACAUCAUCCAGCGGAUGCACUUGCGGCAGUACGAGCUGCUCUGAUUUGCUGCUGGAUGCUCACCUGGUCCCGCCCCACAUGGACUGACAUGUGACCUAAAGAUGCUAACCUAGAAGCUAAUCUGAUAUCUAAUCGAUACUGAUAGAUCCUGAUAUAUUUACACUCUUUAUGAUCAGUUAUAUCACAUUUAUCACUUCAUCUUCUCAGUUUAUUGAUUAUAACUUAAUGAUUACUAAUUUUUAAUUAUUGAUUAUUACAUUAUGAUUACUGAUUUUAAUUAUUGAUUAUUACUUAAUUAUUACUGAUUUUUCAUUAUUGAUUAUUACAUAAUGAUUAUGACAUAACGGGAGAAUCUGUCUGUUGUUGCCAUGGCAACAGUCUGCAUGUCAUAUGGGGGGUUAAAGGUUUGCUCAGACUUUUAACUAUUGAAUAUAUUUUAUAUUUUUUCAUGUCUCUGAACUUGAACUACAUAUUUAUUACAAUCUUUCU